AUGCCUCGGCAACGCCCCGGCCGCCGAUACGGCAGCCAAAGAAAAGAUUCGUCGGUAGACGGACAGCAGAUGUCCAGGCACAAACCGAGAUCUGACAAUGUCGCAGCAACCCCCCGCAAACCACCCCGGACCCUGAACCGUAUCCCAACCUCCAUAACUGAAAACCCAGACAUUCUCGCCGCCAUCUCCCUCCUCCCCAAGAACUACUCCUUCGAAAUCCCGAAAACAAUCCAUCGAAUCCGAACAUUAGGCGCAAAAAGAGUUGCCCUCCAAUUCCCCGAAGGAUUAUUACUAUUCGCAACCACGAUAUCAGAUAUCCUCACCGAAUUCUGUGAUGGAGUCGAAACUUUGAUUAUGGGCGAUGUUACCUACGGGGCUUGCUGUAUAGAUGAUUACACUGCGCGAGCGCUGGGAUGCGAUUUAUUAGUCCAUUAUGCGCACAGCUGUUUGAUACCCGUGGACGUAACAACUAUCAAAACACUGUACAUCUUUGUGGACAUCAGCAUCGACACAUCCCAUCUCAUCGCGACAUUAGAACGAAACUUUCAACCAGGCAAAACCAUCGCAACAGUCGGCACAAUCCAAUUCAAUGCGACGCUUCACGGUCUGAAACCAGUAUUAGAGCGCGCGGGAUUCAAAGUCGUCAUCCCGCAGAUCAUGCCCUUAUCAAAGGGGGAGAUAUUAGGUUGCACGUCGCCGCAACUAUCGGACAAGGAAAUUGAUUAUUUGUUAUAUUUGGGUGAUGGACGGUUUCAUCUUGAAUCUGCCAUGAUCCAUAAUCCGAAAAUACCGGCAUAUAGGUACGAUCCGUACUCGAGAGUGCUUUCGCGCGAGACAUACGAGCAUGAAGAGAUGCAUACCCUACGGCGCGACGCAAUAAAAUCCGCCUCCUCAGCGCGCAAAUGGGGCAUAAUCCUAGGCUCAUUAGGUCGUCAGGGAAACCCGCACACAAUGUCGCUGAUUGAAUCACACCUCCGACGCAAAAAUAUCCCGUUCGUGAAUCUAUUGUUAAGUGAGAUUUUCCCCGGGAAAUUGGCUUCGAUGCCUGAUGUGGAAUGUUGGGUGCAAGUGGCUUGUCCGAGGUUGAGUAUUGAUUGGGGGUAUGCGUUUCCCAGGCCGUUGUUGACCCCUUAUGAGGCUUUGGUGGCGUUGGGGGGAAGGGAAGGGUGGGAUGAAGGGAAUGGGGGUGUUUAUCCGAUGGAUUUUUAUGGGAAGGAUGGUCUUGGGAGGACGAGGGCGGAACAGGUUUCUGUUUAGAUGAGCUACUGCAUA